AUGGCUGCAAUUCCUGAACAACAAUCCAGCCACGGAUCGUACCAUGAGAAGGAGCAGGUUACCGUGACGCUUGAUGAGCGCCGCCGCGCUGCUCUGGAAGUAAUCGACAAUGCGCCUUUCUCGUGGUUCCAUGUCAAGGUUUGCUUGGUUGCCAGUGUAGGUUUCUUUACCGACGCCUACGAUAUAUUUGCCAUCAACAUCGCCGCCACCAUGUUGGGCUACGUCUACGGUCACACAGGCAAUCAGCUCAACACCAACCAAUCUUUGGGUAUCAAGGUAGCAACUCCUGUUGGCAACUUGGUUGGUCAACUUGUUUUCGGAUGGCUCGCAGAUAUUGUGGGCCGUAAGAGGAUGUACGGCGUCGAGCUCAUGGUCAUGAUUAUUGCAACUUUCGCUCAGGCGCUUGCAGGCCAGGCUCCAGCAGUGAGCGUUCUCGGUGUCAUCAUUGUCUGGCGUUUCGUUAUGGGCGUUGGUGUCGGUGGUGAUUACCCUCUGAGUGCCAUCAUUUCCUCAGAAUUCGCCGCUACACGUUCACGUGGUCGUCUCAUGACUGCCGUGUUCGCUGCACAAGGAUGGGGCCAAUUUGCUUCCGCUCUAAUCGGUAUUAUCGUCGUCCAAGCAUACAAGAGUGAAAUCCUCAGUUCCACUUUCCCUUGCGUCGUCCCUGUCGAUUAUAUCUGGCGUCUCGUCAUUGGUCUUGGAUGUGUCCCCGGUGUUCUUGCACUUUACUUCCGUCUCACUAUUCCUGAAACUCCUCGUUUUACCCUGGAUAUCGAGCGCAAUGUCGCACAGGCUACUGCAGAUAUCACUGACGUAAUGAAUCCCAAGAGUCACACCACGGAUGAAGAUGUUCCGGCGCAGUAUGUCGCAGCUCCAAAGGCAACUCGCGCAGACUUUGUUGCAUACUUCAGCCAGUGGAAGAACUUGAAAGUCCUGAUCGGCACUUCUUACUCCUGGUUCGCUCUCGAUAUUGCUUUCUACGGUCUUGGCUUAAACAGCUCGAUCAUCCUAACCGCAAUCAACUUUGGUAGUCCCACCGGUGACAAAACCUCGUCACUUUAUGUUUACCAGAACUUGUACAACAUUUGUGUUGGUAACCUUAUCCUCUCCGUGGCGGGCUUGAUUCCAGGAUAUUGGGUGUCUUUCCUUUUUAUCGACUCCUGGGGCCGCAAGCCCAUUCAACUGAUGGGCUUCACCGUGCUCACCAUCCUUUUCAUCAUCAUGGGUUUCGCUUAUGAUGCAUUGAACGCCAGCACCUCGGGCAAGAACGCCUUUGUCUUCCUGUACUGCCUCACCAACUUCUUCCAAAACUUUGGCCCUAAUACCACCACUUUCGUCAUUCCUGGAGAGGCUUUCCCCACUCGUUACCGUUCGACAGGCUUCGGUAUCUCUGCUGCUACUGGCAAGCUCGGAGCUAUCAUUUCCCAGGUCGGCUUUGCUCAACUUGUCAACAUCGGCGGCACGAACAAAUUUGUGAAACACAUUAUGGAGAUCUUCGCUCUGUUUAUGUUGACUGGUGUCUUCUCUACACUUCUCAUUCCCGAGACGAAACAGAGAACGCUCGAAGAUAUCUCGAAUGAGGAGCAGGAAGGUUACGUCGCAGAGGCUCCUAAGUAA